CCUAGAUACCAUUUCCAGCAAAUCUCCGCCUCUUCUUUCUCACAACUCCUCUUCCUUAGAGAGAGAAAUUCUUGAAACUCCUGUUAAAAUUCAUCUCUCUAUUCCUAUUAAUAAUUUAAUGGCUAUUUCUUCUUCUGAAUUAUUCUCGAUUAAUAAUUCCAAGAAUUUGAGUUGGUCGCAUUUAAACACCAAAUCAAUCAAUUUUCCCUUGUUGAUUAAUUCUUCUGUUAAUUUUUAUCACUCUUCCAGCUUUUUAGAUCAGCUUUCUACUUGUUUCUGACACUCAUCAUCAUCUUCUUGUUCUUUUGCCACCUUACAAAUCUUUCUUGCUUCAAUGGGAAAGCGCAAUUCAAAUCGUAAGAAUUCAGCAGCAAUGCUGGAUAGCGACGACACCGAUAGUGUAAGCUCGUCGUCUUCAGUCCGUUCUGAUAUGGUUUCGGUUGGGUUUGGUUCGGAUGUUGAUAAGGAUAGCUUAUUGGAUCAACAUCUUGAUGCUUUGUAUGAGAAAAGGAGUUCAACAAGGGAGAAGGCUUUGGAUUCUAUUAUUGAAGCAUUUAGUCAGAACUUACAGCAUGAAUUUGUUGAAAAGAAAUUUGCGACCCUGUUUCAUCAGUGCCUAAAUUCCAUCAAGAAAGGCUCUGCGAAGGAGGUCACUUUGGCGUCUCAUGCUAUUGGUCUAUUGGCAUUGACAACUGGUUCGGGAAAUAAUGCGCGUGAAAUACUUGAAGAAUUAGUCCCUCCAGUAUCACAGGCUCUCAGGUCAAGAUCUGAAUCAUCGAAAGUUGCAGCGUUAUUAGAGUGUUUGGCUGUCGUCACCUUCAUUGGUGGGGAAGACCCCGAGGAAACAGAGCAGUCAAUGCAGAUAAUGUGGCAAGUCGUUCAUCCUAAAUCGGGUGCCAAUGUAGUAGCAAGUAAACCCUCACCAGCUGUCAUAGCAGCAAUGGUAUCAGCAUGGUCGUUUCUUCUCACAACUGUUAACGCGUGGAGUUUGAGUAUAAAAGAUUGGCAAGAAUCGAUUUCUUAUCUGUCUACUCUCUUGGAUAAAGAUGAUCGCUCUGUGCGUAUUGCCGCUGGUGAAGCAUUGGCUGUGAUAUUUGAAGUUGGAGAUUUUGAAAGAUUUUUUAGUGAGAAAAAUGGUUCCAGUGAUAGCACUGAUAAGGAUACACGAGAUGGAUAUGUACAUUUAAAAGGACUAAGAGGCAAAGUCCUAAAUCAAGUAAAAGAUCUUGCUUCUGAGGCUGGUGGCAAAGGAACGGCUAAGAAGGAUCUGAAUGUCCAAAGAAACUUGUUCAGGGAUCUCUUGGAUUAUCUAGAGGAUGGUUAUGCUCCUGAAGCCUCUACAAAAAUUGGUGGCGAGACUUUAGCCACAUCAUCAUGGUCAGGGCUUAUACGGUUAAAUUUUCUGAAGCAUUUCCUUGGGGGAGGAUUUGUAAAGCAUAUGCUGGAAAAUGGGUUCCUGCAUGAAGUCUUUGGAUUCACUCCAAAGAAAAAGGCUUGGGGCAAUGAAGAUCAUUCAAUGGAAAAAUCUUAUGAGAAGAGAUUGUACAAGUCACCAAAUUCUGCAGCUGCUAAAGCACGAACGCAAUAUAUGAAUAAACAACGAAUGAUGUUACAGGAUCGGAAGAUUGGUCAUUUCGCUGCUGGUGGCGAGGAAUAAUAAAUUUAUUUGCCAGCAAAACACAUGUUAAUGUGGCUUAAACCAUGUAGUGAAAAUUCAUAUUUGCCUUGUAUCUUAAAUAUUUGAUGUCUGAUUUAUUGAAUAGAGUUGUUGUUAUUCAAUAAUAAUGUGAAAGAUCAUCACUUGUAAAUUCUUGAGUGUUUAUGAGAUUGCUAUCACUCUUGUACUAGGUAUAUAUCAACAGCUUGACGAAUGUUAAAUAAACAAAACCGUGAAACUGAAGGUAUGACUUAUAAGUGAUCACUUGUCAGUUCAAGGUACUGCUUUGGUAUGUUUUUUUUGAGCUGCCUUG